AUGUUUUCCCCGGUUCUUAUUGUCACCUCUCUCAUAUUAAAAGUUGGUUUUUCGCAGGCCAGUGUUCAGUGUCUGAACACAUACCUAUGGUCAUACAACACCCAAAAUCAGUCCCCUUGCGACGUUGCAUCCGCCCUUUUAUCGGAGUGUGUUGCUGAUGGAUCACUAGUGCCGUUGCCUAAUAAUCCCCAGGGUCAAUCGUAUUAUGAUCCUUAUCGCGCAAGAGCUACCCCUUCUAUUCUGCUUCAUAACGACCAAGUUAACAGCUAUCCUGAACCCAUUCCACCAGGCCUCGAUGUACCUCGUUGGGCGUAUAUGGAUGUCACGACAACCGAUUUUUUCCAUGUUGAUGAAGCUUUUUAUAAUGCCACGGCAAGCGGAAAAUCAAGUGGAACACAAACACAGACAUUUUCUACCCCGUCUAAUGCACUACCAACCACAGCGGCCCCAGAUUCGACUGUUGGAACUAGCAUUACCAAUAGUAAUGUUACCUACAAUAUGGCGCCAGCAUCCUCCGAUUCCGAUAAAGGGUCAAAAACAGACAUAGGCGCACUCAUAGGCGCUAUCACUGGUGCCGUAACUGGCCUGGUGAUUGUAACUUUGUCGGUUUUGCGAUAUCUAGCAUUUCGAAAGAAGCGAAAGGAGAAGGAGAGCCUUCGUGAUGAAGAGAACCAUGGUCUCGUAUCUCCAACCCCCACAUUUGUUCAGUCAAAAGGUUCAAAACGCUUCAAGAAAGAAGCGCAGGAAGAUGAAUGGGACUCGGAAAUUGAAAUGGAUAUCAAAGGAGAAGCUAAUUUCCAUUUCCACACAUAG